UUAACUUCUAGAUCCUCUCCAGCUCCGUUGUGAGGGGAUAAAAAUGUAGGUGACGCAUUAAAUGUCAAUAUCAGUCCCACAUUGUUUUUAAAAAAGGUAUUUAAAACCUCUGAAUCCUCUGGAAAAAGACGAAGAUAAGGAGAAGAAAGUGAAGGAAGAAUUAAGAGAAUUGAGGAACAAUGUAUGUGGAGGGAUGGCCUUGAUUAAUCUCAUCUGGAUAUCAGUGAACUUCCUGUUCCAAUUGCGCAGACCAACAGUAGUCACUUUUGUAAAACUGGAAAAUGGGGAAGAAAUAAAAACUGAUAUUCUUGGCUUAUUGUUCAUAAUUUUCUUCACCUUGAUUCUGCUUAUUCAGUUCUGUGGUAUGAUUAUGCACAGAUGGGGGACAUUUUUACACCUUGUAGCUAUUACAGAGAUCCCUAACCCUUUUAAAAAUAAAAGAAGGAACAAUGUAAACGAAGCCAGAAGAUUUUGUAAAGUCGUACAGGCUGGUCAAUUCGUAGAAACUUCAGAGGAAGAAAGGAUGAAAGAACAGAAAUAUAUAAAGCAACAAAUUUUCAGCCUUCAGGAAACAGGAAGAAAAGAUAAUGUUGGACAUCAUGAAGAAGAAUCGCAAACAAAUCUCGCUUCGAUAUUGCCAUACACUCAAAACAGGAAAAGGGAUCUUAUUUACAUGGGGGCAACUAGAUAUAACAAAAAUACUAGUAAGAAUGAAGAAGCGAAACGAGUCAGAUUUGCGGGAACUGCAGAAGCUAAGCGAAACCUUCGUGAAACUUUAAUGCGAAAUAGAGGAAUGGAGACCGAAAACGUUGAUACACAGCAAGGAGAACAUUUUGCGUAUCGUGGAGGACUUAUGCAGCGAAGAUUGUCUAGGUCGAAGAGGGAGGCAGCGAAGGCAGAGUAUUUCUAAGCGGAAAGAAGCCUUUUCAUUAAGGACACAAAUUAAGAGUGGACGUAAAAUUAACAUAAAAAUCCGACCCGGUAUAAUUAUUAAAUUUGGUCGAAUAAAAUUUAAAUCACUAUAUUUUUAAUCUAUUUAUCAAUUAGAAAAAAUAUUAAUAAAUUGUGUCAUUAAUUGGAGUUUUAUGCAAAACAAUUAUAUGUUCAUGUAUUCAGCUUUCGCUCAUUGUAUGUUUUUUUACCAUAGCAUCUAUCGACAAAUGAAAUGUUGGCUGACGUUUAUCAAUCGAAUUGUUAGACCAGUAUUUUUCAAUGAUAUGCCUAGGGAUAAUUAUUUAACUGUUUCAACAUGUGUUUUCAGAGAGUUUUUUUUUUGCUCUGAUAACGUUUUCUGUCUGAUUGGUUCUUAUGCAGAAAAACAGUUGUUAUCCUUUUAUAUCAUUCAUUUGUUAGUGAGAUAAACCAUUAAAAUAUACCUACUACCGUAUACCAUGAAUAAUUCAUUUACUUCUAUGUAAUAAGCCCUAGUACCUAUUCUAAAAUGAAAUGCUCUUACAUGUAGCUAGUUAAGGUUGCAAUCUGCUCUUCAAAUGUUAUAAAGAAUUACAUACAUUAAGUGAUUUUGUCAAAUU